GUUCACUUUCGCGUCAGUCUUCUCUCUCGACCUCACCAUCCCGACAAGCGCCAGACGAUUGAUAUCUUCAAUUCGCCGUCCUUUGUAAUAUCAAUCGCCCAUCAUGGCCCCCUCUCAGCUCCCCCCCAUGUUCAACCCUACUCCUCAGGACAUUGAGAUGCUCCUCGCAGCUCAGUGCCACAUGGGAUCCAAGAACCUCCAGGUUCACAUGGAGCCCUACCUGUGGAAGACUCGCCCCGACGGUGUCAACGUUAUUAACAUUGGCAAGACCUGGGAGAAGAUCCUCUUGGCCGCUCGUAUCAUCGCCGCCAUUGACAACCCGGCCGACAUCUGUGUCAUCUCCGCUCGUCCCUACGGCCAGCGUGCUGUCCUAAAGUUCGCCUCUCACACCGGUGCCACCGCCAUUGCCGGUCGUUUCACCCCUGGUAACUUCACCAACUACAUCACCCGCUCUUUCAAGGAGCCCCGCCUCAUCAUCGUCACCGACCCCCGCACCGACGCCCAGGCCAUCAAGGAGGCUUCCUACGUCAACAUUCCCGUCAUUGCCCUCUGCGACACUGACUCCCCCACCGACUUCGUCGAUGUUGCCAUCCCCACCAACAACAAGGGUCGUCACGCUAUCGGUCUCGUCUGGUGGCUCCUUGCCCGUGAGGUCCUCCGCCUCCGCGGCACCCUCGCUUCCCGUGAGGUUGAUUGGGACGUUGUUGUUGAUCUCUACUUCUACCGCGACCCCGAGGCCGAGGAGAACAAGGAGAUUGCUGAGGAGACCAAGGCUGCUGCCACCGAAGAGCCUGCCGCUGUCGAGUCUGGAUACACAGGUGAGAACUGGGAUGCCCAGGCUGCUGCUCCUAGCACUGCUUUCGCUGCUGCCACCGGUACCACCAGCUGGGAGGCUGAUGGUGGUGACUGGGCCGCUAGCUCUGCUCCCGCCCCCGCUGGCGAGAGCUGGGCUGAGACCCAGCCCACUGAGGGCAAGUGGUAAAAAGCUGGAUCCGGUGACGUGGAGAGCUGUUAAGAGUGGAUAAUUGGAUGGCUUUAAAAUGGGAAUCCUCUCGUACAACGAGAAGAGACCCAACAAGAUAUCCCCCCCCUGACAUGUCUAUCCUAGUCUCUUGUCCCGCAAAUACUCAAAAAAGGAAAAGAAAAAACGGGAAAAAAAGAAUUAACGGAGACCCCACUUCUUCAAGAAAAUCAUUUUCCCUCUUCUCUUAUGGUAUGCUACAGCGAAAUAUCCUUUUCAUGUCUUCAGCCCGUUAUUACGUCUUGUCCAUGGUGCAUUGGGGGGGGAAUUGCGUCGUCAAUGACUGAUCGG